GGCCUAAGGGACAUUUCUCAAACUCAUUCGGUCUGGCUGCACAGCAAUGCAUGACGGGAUAACGUCACUUUUUUUUGGUCCAGUCUCAUUGGAGACGGUUCAGCGUCUUCGCUGUGUGGAAGCUUGGUUGUUCUUUUGUUGACGUUCAUAACUGCAGUCUUUUAACAGUCAGCUCUAGAGCUGAAUUUAUAACGGAAGUCUACCCCCAAAAGGAUGGAUGCAAAGUCCUUCUACUAGUGCUCAAUAUGACAAGGUAGCAAUAUAACUGAGGAUAAAGUUCCGUCUUCAAGAUGUCAAGCCUUAUAAUAUUGGAGUCGGAUGCAGGAGAGCUGGAAGAUAUUGAUGAGAGGCUCCAAAAGGAUGGCUACAGAACAAACAUUCCUGUUGAACACAAACUGCGUUACUUUUGGAGGCAGUUUGUACGUUCAGAAACCAGUCUCAAAUCGUCUCUUGACAGUGUUGAACAACUCCGCAAACAGCAUGGAGAAGAAAUGAUUGAGGUUGAAAACUAUGUUGCACACAUCAGGCAACUAUCAGAUGAAAGAGAAGCUUUGACACAAGAACUGGAAGCAGAAAAUGAACAGCUGAAGGCUGAACUUGAACAGAUGAAAGUUGAGAAGGAAGCAGGAGCUUAUGUUUCAGAGGACAUAUGUGACAUGUUGACUGAGUCUGGUUUAACACAGAUUGGAAGAGACACUAAUCCAGUCAAGGAGCAGGUGAAUUUCUUGAUUAAAGAGAGAUCAUCUCUUUCGGAGAAAGUUAGAAGACUGGAACAGGAUAAUGAAGCACUCAGGAAGAAUUCUGAUUCAGAGCAGUCGGAUAAGCGACUGAUGAAAAUUAUGGAAGAGGAGAGAAGGGACAUGGAGGAAGAAAUGAACAGGAUGCGUGAAAUGAUGAAGCAAGUGAAACAAGAGGAGAGGAAGAUUCAUGAACAGGAAGUAAAGAAAAUUACUGAAGAGAAUGAUAACUUGAAAGCACAACUUGAAAAAGUCCAAAAACAGCAUACCGAAGACAUGGCGGAGCUGAUUAACAGACACCAAGGAGAAAAACUCAAGUUGUUAGAAGAGAGGGAACAGGAUAAAGAAAAGACAACAGCUCAUGUAGGCAAGGCUGACAAAGUAAUGGCUGAAGUUGAAGAGCUUAAAGGAAAAAUGAGAACUAUUGAACUUGAGAAAACGACUCUUCAAACAACGGUAAGUUCCUAGCUGUAAUUUGUGUUUGUCCUUCAUCUU